CACCUCAAGACUCUUCCAGAAGCCGUUGGAACUUUGAAGGAAAACAGAGACAAGCAGAGAGAGAGAAAGAUAAGGGAGAUUGCUGGAGAGAGAGAGAGAGAGAGAGAGAGAGAGAAAGAUGUCGGGGGGAGAGAGAAAAAGAAGCGUGAAGCUGUUGUGCCCAUCUCUAUCAAAAAAAGCGGUGGUGCCAUUUGUGGUUUGGGAUGAUGAGAGGCUUGACCUUGGCUCCAUAGCUCGGACCUUCGGGCUCGACCCCUGGACCUUGAAGCUCAACGGCCACUUCGUAAGCAGAGGGGUCGAUCUCAUUGCCUCAUCGGUCACGUGGAAGUCCCUUCUCUCUUUCUUCUCCUCACGUGGUUUGUCCACCGGAGCCACCGACUCCGACCCCCUCAUCGUCCACGGCCGCCUCUCCAAACUCCCAACCAAGCGAGCACAUGACCCAGCAGAUGUAGAAAAUGGGAUUUGCUAUGCAAUUGAACACCAGAGUAGCAGUGUAAACACGAGGCCACGACUUGAAGAUACUAUCUUUCUCAAUAAGAAAAGGCGAAAGGAAAGCUGCUCAGGAAAUAUUGACUGGGACAAUGAAAUCAACAAAUGUGAUGGUUUUGGACUGAAGAGAAAGCAAUGCUCAGAAGAUGUCAGCCCCUUGAAGAGGAUUAGAAUGAAGUAACUCAGGUUCCCAAGCAGGAGAAAAUGGAAUCAUUGCAAACACCCAAUUUCGGUGCGGUUUCAUUGGUGACAAUAUGACUAGAAGAUGAUGUCAUUGUCAUUUGUUUUUGUGAAUCCAACUCUGUAAAUACUACACAAACAGUUCUGUUUUGAAAAAUCAAAGUUAGUUGAGUAAUAUCAGCCUUAAUGGAAUGGCUUCUCAUUGAAUC